AUGGCACCGAAGAAGGCGGCCAAAAAGAGUCGCUCACUCGGUCCACGAACACAAAAUGCUCGGUUCGCUGCACUGAUUAGACAUGUCAAGAAGAAGCGCGCUGCAAAGACGUCCGUACGGCUCUUCAGACUGUCCAAGAAGGUAGCUGUCUCGAUCCACAGGUACACGACGCUCACACUCUGCCAGAUCCUCAACGAAGGCGCUCGGAUGGCCAACGUGACAAUUAAUCCGUUGGGAACGCUGCCUCAAGAGCUGUUCAUCCACAUUGCCGGCAACCUGGAAGCAAGCAGCCUCAUCUGUCUAUCACUUACAAGCAAAGCGUUCGCAUAUAAGACCGCGUCCUUUCAAGAAAAGAUGGUCAGCAACAUCUCUCAAUCUUUCGAACCAUCCCCUACAGGCCGCGCCGAACGUGGGGCUCGUCAGAAAGCACUGGUUGGUGUCAAGGAGACCCGAGCGCUAAUCGGUCGAUACUUGGGACGGGAGAACUACCGAUACUGCCACGCUUGCGAAAAAUUCAGGCCGAUUUCAGAGCGCUUUUGGUAUGACCUCUUCGAGAAUAGGACGCCGCCGGUCAAAGUGGAAGGCAGGAGGGGGAUUGGUAGAGGCAUGGUAGAGAACUUUCCCGAAGAUCCCGCUGAGCAGCAAGCGAAGAUCGAGGACCUGCUCGAUAAGUGGGCCAUGGCCGGCCUCGCAGGAACUCAUGCUAGCCACCCACUUCCAACCUGCCCAGCACACGUAUACGCAGACAAACUGUAUAGAUACACGAUCCGAGACUGA